AUGCAGCUCAGCACCCUCUUCCUCCUCUUCUUCACCACCAGCGCCCUCCCCACCAGCAUCCAAGACGACCUGCAGCCCCUCCAAAUCCGCAAUCUCACUGCUCGCACCCUCUCCGAUCUGGACUUUGGGCUGCUCAACAUGACUCUCUACGACCCCAAUACCAGCUCCGCACCGACCAUCUGCAAUGUGAAUUGGCACCCCACCCGCCCCGUCCCCACCGCCACCACCGUGAAAUGCUACGACGAGGUCCACGCGGUCAGCUUCCCCGACGGUCUGGGCAGCCACAUCGACCACUUCACCCUGCGCGUGCAGACGGUCAACACCAGCGCGGGGCAGACCCACGGGGAGGUGGAGCUGGAUGCCUCGGUCGCGGGGUCACACUGGGUGUGUCGCAAUGCGACGACGGAGUUUAUCAAGGAGGAGUGUACGUACACGGGGAUCGCGGAGGUUGAGGUUGAGCGUUAG